AUGAACGACGAAGUCAUCAUGAACAUCUCGAUUCCCAUCCAUCCUUACUACCCCGCGGGCGUAACACUCCCGGGCUACGUCGCUAACACCUUCGGUGCAAACCAACUGCGUGCGAUCUUUGCAGUUGGCGCAACCGCCAUUCUCGCAUCAACUUACAGCAUCAUCAAGAAGACGCGCCCUAGCUUGCCCAAUGGUGAAGUUGCGACGGCUUUGUGGUUCACUCUCAGCGCCUUUAUCCAUCUCUUCUUUGAAGGUCAGUGA